AUGUCGCAGCCACCAUCCAAAUCGACGUCUCAGAGCAACGCUUCGGAAACAGAUUCAGAAUCCCAACUGAGUACGAACUCCCAUCUCGUGGAUACACAACAGUGCGACGGACCGUGCAAGAAGCUUUACAGUGUCAGUAACCUCAAGAUCUACAACUGUGGACAUGUCAUUUGUGGCAACUGCUUCACCGAGCUGCCGCUUAAAGGUAAGAGUUUUUUUUACAGUUUUACAAAUUUUAUAGUUGUUUUAGGUAUCAAUCGUAGUACAGAAUUGUUUUACAGAAUAGUGACCCAAAUAUUAUAAUAAAUAGGGGCACUAGCCUUUAAACCCCUAGCUUCACCCACUAAAUACUAAAAUUUAUUAUAGGUAUCGAUGACGGUGGUCAACAAUGUAUGUUGGGCGACUGUAGACGUUCGUACGAUCGUGCUCGUCGCAGCAAUUCCAGUGUUGCCUAUGCCAACGACUCUGUAAAGGCACUGAAGAAGUCAAACAAUGUGUAUUUCAACCAAGUCCAACCCCCUCAAGCCAAUAUGACACUUCAAGACGAGCGAUACCUAGAUAACUCUGACAGAUCCAAGAAGUCCAAGGAGAGUACAGCUGAUUGUCAGACGUGUGGGUCAAAGAAGGACUGUCAAUGUUGUUGUACUGGGGAAUGCAGUGGAGACCAAAUUGAAUCUGACGUGUCUUGUGGUGUUUUGGUAGGUUUUGUUACCUAAAAUGGGUUUAAAAUAGUUUUAAUACAAAUGCGACAAAAUUAAUCUAAUAUUUAGUUCUUUGACUAAACAUCUGAUAUUAUACCUAAAUUCUAUAACUAUAUAAAAGCGUUUUGAUAGAUAAAACAUUUUAAAACAAGAUGUAUCUUUACUUCCAAAAAAACCGCUAAAUUUCCUCACUUUUAUUUUUUUCGAAAUGCGAGAGAGCGUGUUUUCUCUGCUUUUCUCGCUUUUGUUCGAACCCAAUCGAAAAACAAGUGAGCGUUUUAUGGUUCCGAUUGGAAAAGAACCUUCGUUAGGAAUUUAAUCCUAGUUCAAGGUAAACUUGAGUUUCAGACCAUCGAAAGGUGUGUUUGAUAGGAACUUUUUGGGACAGUUACUGGGGACUCCGGUGACAUAUAUGAGAACUGUAAAACGGCAAAUUUGUACGUUUACAUGAGUGACGUAGUAUAUUGUAAAUAUUAUAACUCUUCAUGAAUGACAUCACAACAAAAUCUAUAAAGUUUGGAAAAUAUAUGAUGUACAGUGUCAAAAUACGGUAGAAAGUCAAAAUAUAAACGAAAUUUAAAAAAUAUAAAUCUUCAUUUUUAGACAAGCAGAAGACAGUACGCGAGACGAUCGGGCCUUGUGCCAUAUUACACUAAAGUCGUGACCAAGUCUGCGACCAAAGGCAGGAAUCCAGAUGGCGGGAUGUACAAGACUGUUACCACUACAACCACAUAUACCAAGACUUACAUUCCACCGAAAGAUGCUCUUGACAGUCAAGGGCGGCAGUCAGACAUCACAUCGACCGGCGGAAGCGACGUCAGUAUGCCAAUAUGGUGA